UCUCUCUCUCAAAGCAAACUGUGAUCUCCGGUGAUGCAAGGUGUAAGAAUAUUAUCGGAAGGGGGAGUACGAGUGGAUAUUGCGUCACCGGCAGGGGAAGGGACGGCAACUACGAGAGUAGGGGCGGCGCCGCUGACUAUAGAUGUAGGGGAGACGCCGGAGAGGAUGAUAGAGAGGCUGAUAACUGAGAAUCCAGUCAUCAUAUUUAGUAGAAAGUCUUGUUGUAUGUGCCAUGUCAUGAAGAAGCUUCUCUCUAAGAUCGAUGUUCAUCCUGUCGUCAUCGAAUUGGAGGAAUCUGAAUUGGGAGCACUCGCUGCCCACGAUAGCCAAGAUCAAGCUCAAGUUCAAGCACAGGGUCAGAAUGAGGGAGGAAUUGCGCUUGCAGACCCUGCACCAGCACCGGCACCGACACCGACACCGGCAGUGUUUAUAGGAGGAAAGAGGGUUGGAGGGUUAAAGAGUCUGAUGGCUCUGCAUCUCAGUGGAGAACUGGUGGCCAUGCUCAGAGAUGUUGGUGCUAUCUGGAUGUCAUAUUAAUUUGUGCUCUCUAUGCUCUUGAUUUCUAGG